CCUCCUUUCAGUCUCAACCUAUCAAUCCCUAUAUAACAAAGUGCAAAGCGUGACAUACUCUCUCUCUCUCUCUCUCUCUCUCUGCUUUCUUCAAUUUUCCUUCACACCUCCCACACAACCAGAUAGAGACAAGAAAGAGAGAUUCAUGGAAAUGCCCAAGAAGAAUUACUCUUUUGGUUUCUGUUUUAUAUAAUGAACAACCAACAAAAUUUCUUCUUUUCUCAAAGAAGAUGGGAAUACAACAAAAUGAGCAUAAUCAAAACCAAACCCAAUCUUUCCUUUUAGAUGCUCUUUACUGUGAAGAAGAAAGAUGGGAAGAAACACUUGAAGAUGAGAUUUUAGAAGAAAAAACUAAUUCAUUUCCUCUACCUUUACUAGAACAAGACUUGUUUUGGGAAGAUGAAGAGCUACUCUCUCUUUUCUCAAAAGAAAAAGAAACAAUUUCCAACUUUAACACUAUUAAAACAGACCCUUUACUUUGUUUGGCUCGUAAAGAAGCUGUGAAAUGGAUUCUUAAAGUAAAUGCUUAUUAUGGAUUCUCAACAUUGACUGCUAUUCUUGCUAUCAAUUACUUUGAUAGGUUUCUUUCAAGUCUUCAUUUUCAGAAAGAUAAGCCUUGGAUGAUUCAACUUGUAGCUGUUACUUGUCUUUCUUUGGCUGCUAAAGUUGAAGAAACUCAAGUUCCUCUUCUUUUGGACUUCCAAGUGGAGGAUGCAAAAUAUGUGUUUGAGGCCAAAACUAUUCAAAGAAUGGAGCUUUUGUUAUUGUCCUCUUUGAAGUGGAGGAUGAAUCCUAUAACCCCACUUUCAUUUCUUGAUCAUAUAAUAAGAAGACUUGGACUAAAGAGCCAUAUUCACUGGGAAUUUCUCAAGCAGUGUGAGAGACUUCUACUAUUGGUCAUAGCUGAUUGUAGAUUCCUAAGUUAUAUGCCUUCUGUAUUGGCCACUGCUACUAUGCUUCACGUUAUUCAUCAAGUUGAGCCUUGUAAUGCUGUUGACUACCAAAAUCAACUUCUUGAGGUUCUCAACAUUAGCAAGGAGAAGGUGAAUGAUUGCUAUGAACUUAUAACAGAGCUAUCUAACAACUCUGUUUCACACAAGCGCAAGUAUGAGAGUCCAAUAAAUAGCCCAAGUGCUGUUAUUGAUACAUUUUACAGCUCUGAAAGCUCAAAUGAUUCAUGGGAUUUGCAAACUUCUUCCACCUAUUCACCUCAUCAUCAACUUUUGCCUUUGUUUAAGAAAAGCAGAGUUCAAGAACAGCAAAUGAGAUUGACAUCUUUAAGCAGAGUUUUUGUGGAUGCUGUUGGUAGCCCUCAUUAAUACUAUCAACAAUUUAUUAUUUAUAGUGCUAUCCGUCCCCGGACCCUGUGUAAAUAUUUUAUGCACCGACCUGCUAUUUUAUUAUGUCCUUUUUGAAAAGAGGGGAAAGAAGAGAAGAGUUGGUGGUAGUGGUUGCAGAGGGUUGGUUUUUGACAGCACAAAGGGGAGAAAAAGAAAGGGUAGUAAAGACAAAAGAAGCAAUGAAGAAUAUCUGUACUCUGUUUUUUCCUAAUUCAUGUCAAUUUUUCUUAGGUCCUUGUCAUGCAUAUUUUAAGGUGGACAUAUUUUGUUUACA